AUGAUGAUUCCUUCAGCCAAUCUCCUUUUGGCCUUUUCGACUUGCACGCUCGCGCUUCACGUUCGUUCGGAUACAUGGAAUGUCGACCCACAUGAACUGAACGUGAAUACUGGAGACCCAGCAUACACAUUACGCCCUACACAUCCCCACGGUGUCACCGAUCUCACUGGGCCUCACGUCAAGCCAGAUUCUAAGAAUGGCUCCUCUGACUCUUGUGCACCCUAUUGGCUUGAAAACGUCAAGCACCAGGGUAUCGCGUCCUUCAACCCAAACCCUGACAACUACACCGUUUUCAGGAACGUGAAGGAUUAUGGAGCUGUCGGUGAUGGCAUCACGGAUGAUACGGCAGCGAUCAAUCGUGCUAUGGCUGAACAGGAUAGAUGUGGUCCCGGAGUCUGCGAGAGUGCGACGACUUCACCAGCGAUUGUGUACUUCCCAAGUGGCACUUAUUUGAUCUCGAGCAGCAUUAUCGAUUACUAUUACACUCAGAUCAUUGGCAACCCCAACUGCCUCCCAACCAUUGUUGCUGCGCCACACUUUGAAGGUGCGAGUUUCGGGUUGAUCGAUGGAUCCAAAUACCCAUCCUCAGGUCCACGUGCCGGACGUACUGGAUUCCCAUCGACCAGGACGUUCUUCAGGCAGAUUCGGAACCUCAUUCUUGACAUGACGAAAUUGCCUCUCAACACUACAACCGCUGGUAUCCACUGGCCAACUGCUCAGGCAACUAGCUUGCAGAACAUUGUUUUCAACAUGAAUCCCUCAAAUGGCAUGGCGGGCCAUCAGGCUAUCGUGAUAACCGAAGGCUCAGGCGGUUUCAUGACGGAUUUAGUCUUCAACGGAGGGCACUACGGCCUUAACGUUGGGAACCAACAAUAUACUACACGCAACCUCACUUUCAACAAUGUUCACACUGCUAUCAACCAACUUUGGAAUUGGGGUUGGAAUUACAAGAGUAUCUCGAUCAACAAUUGCAAUGUAGGACUGAACAUUACCGCGAAUGGCCCGGAUGCGAUCAACGUCGGCUCGAUCACUCUCUUGGACAGCGAGAUAAGCAAUACGCCGAUUGGCAUCGUGACUUCCAAAACUGAUUCCUCACUGCCUGCUGCUGGAGCAAGUCUUUACAUGGAGAACAUUGUGCUCAAUAAUGUCGAGACUGCUAUUCUCGGCCCCAACAGCACCUACUUGGCUGGGUCGUCGGGUCAGUCUGUGAUCUCAGCAUGGGCUGACGGCCAUCGCUACCUUCCAAAUGGCCCAAAUGCGCAGCGAGCGCCUAUCGAACCGAGCAAGCGACCGGCUGAGCUCUUGGAUGCCAACGGGAAGUUCUACGAGCGCUCCAGGCCACAGUAUGGUGAAGUACCGCUGUCGCAAUUCAUGUCCGCACGCGAUGCUGGCGCUAGGGGUGAUGGUACAACAGACGAUACCAAAGCCCUGAAUGCUGCGAUUCUGAAGGCAAAGUAUGAAGGAAAGAUCUUGUUUAUCGAUGCCGGAUACUACAAGGUCACAGGAACUAUAUAUGUACCGCCAGGUUCCAAGAUCGUCGGUGAAGCUCUUAGUGCUGUCAUUUUGUCGGCUGGCGAUUACUUCAAUGACAUGGAGAACCCCAAAGCUGUCGUACAGAUUGCUCAGCCUGGUGAGCAGGGCAGAGUCGAGCUCUCCGAUCUCUUCGUAUCAACACAGGGCCAACAGAAGGGCGCGAUCCUUAUCGAGUACAACCUCGCUUCGUAUGAUGAACCAUCCGGCUUGUGGGAUGUGCAUGCUCGGAUUGGUGGAUUCGCAGGUUCCGAUCUCCAAAAAGAACAGUGUAUCAAGACAUCUGAGACCGAAAUCACAGCCGAAAAUCUAGCUGAGCAUUGCAUUGCAGCCUUCAUGGCCAUGCACGUCACAAAAUCCGGUACUGGUUUGUAUUUGGAGAAUAAUUGGUUGUGGACUGCAGACCACGAUCUCGACGACGUUGAAAACAAUAACGGCACGCAAGUCAGCAUCUACUCCGGUCGCGGCUUACACAUUGAAAGCGAGCGCGGUGUCUUAUGGCUUUACGGCACUGUCGUCGAACAUCACAUAAAAUACCAAUAUCAAUUCGUCGACACUCACAACAUCAUCAUGGGUCAUAUCCAGACCGAAACAGCGUACUUCCAGCCGAACCCCGACGCCCUAAUCCCUUUCCCCACUGUCCCCUCUCUCAACGAUCCCGUCUUCACUCCCUCCUCUAAUACCUCCGUCAACGCAGCGUCCGGGUGGGGCUUGCGCAUCUUGCGCUCCAACAACAUUCUUGGCUAUGGGCUCGGGCUCUACAGCUUCUUCGACAACUACAACUCGAGUUGUUCGGUGAUCAACGGGGGUGCGGACUGCCAGACUCGCAUGGUGAGUAUUGAAGGGGAUCGAUUAAGUUAUGAUAUCGGUUUGUAUAAUUUGAAUACGUUGGGGACGACGCAGAUGGUUACAAGGGAUGGGGUGGAUCUGGCGAGCAACGAGGAUAAUAAUAGUACAUACACUGAUACUAUUAAUGUGUUCAGGAUUGGUAGCGCUGGGCUUUGA